AUGGUUUCUCAACGGGAAGUAGAAGUUGUUACUCGCAGAGGACCCCAUCAGCACAUGUUACAUGUUGACUCUAUUGAUGGUUUUCCUGUGGUACUAAUCAUCGUUCUGAAUCAGAUUGUCGAGAAUUGAUUCAUGGUCACGCUUCCUCAUACUAAGUACAUACCUGCUUGUUUUACCUUGUACUACUUGUUUUUACCUUGUUGUACUAGAAGCAGGAGGUAGGAAAGAGGAGGACCAUCAAAAUGGAGUGUGAGUUGGUGUCGGUGAGCAUUCUCACUAGUGUCUUGCCCACACUGAAGUUGGGUAAGACGCAGCGAGUGCUUCUGGAGGCGAAAGCGGACACUUUGCAGUUUACGGCUCUGAAUCCUGCGAAAGACGUGAGAGCGGUUAUGUGGUUCAGGCGUGAGAUUUUUUCACGUUACGAGUUUCGGGAAUCUACCUCGACGUCGUCGACAAGCAAUGGAGCAGGUGGUGAGGAUGGUGGGGCAGGAGAACCCGCAGGAGUGCCUGCCGAAGAUGGCUCAGGUGGAGGAGGGCCUGGAAUAUUAAAUCAAGCCGAAGCCGGAGCAGCUGGAGAGGAGCAGGGAGAGAACAACUCUGGAGCUGCAGAGAACUCAGUUUACUCCUGUGUUAAGGCUGUACCUUAUACAUCUUUGGACGCAUCCUUGAAACGUAUGGAGGAGUAUCCACCUUCUAAGGGAAUAAUACUCUCCCAUAGUGCUUUUGAAGGAUGCACUUGAAAGAUGAAUUACGGACAGCGCCAACUGUGUAGAUCCCGACGGUCAAGUGGUUCACCGAAUUCUUCUCGAUUUGGACUGUCUUCUCAACUCGUUGUCCAUUUGGCGCGGAUCCGCAGCGUUGAGGGCUCGUCUAGAUCCCGAAGCACAGAGGCUCGAGCUUUUUCUCGCUAUCGACGGCGGCGGGUCCACUUGUCGGUUGCGGUCACUAGCAUUAUGCUGCCUUAUUUCUGUUUCACCUUCCUGUUCAAGUUUCUCUUCAAGGUCAGAAUCAUUGGGUCUUUUCAUGGAACUACUCUAAUACAUAGUACAUUUUAUACUUAUAAAAUAUAGAUAUUUUUACCAAGCAGGAGAUGGAGAGGCAUGGGUGGAGGCGUUCAAUAAGUCAAAAUUCAUAAAAUUUGGAAAAUGAGAAGCAGAUCUACAUUCUGAGUCAAUGAUUUGGAAUCAGUAGUACGCACAUGAUAAUUACAGAUAAUCAGCAUCGGCUAGUUAAAACUAGUGAGUGGUCUCUAUUUUCAUACUGAGAUGAUGAAAGCAAAUAAUGACCGAGAAAAAUUUUCGAACACGCAUUCUCGGCAAAGUUGUACUACAACUAGUACCAGUUGUGGACGUGAAGUACUAUCAUCCGACUCGUCUAAUACCAUUAUCCGAGGAGAACAUACAAAUUUACCACCAAAUUGGUGAACUGAUGAACCGCUUGCGUAAUACAGAUGCACGGGAAGAAUUUGCCAUGCAGGGACGUGAAAAAGUGGAUUACCUUUGGCAAGCUUUCGCUUGUGACUCUUUGACACAGGGUAUGGCGGCAGUAAGGAGGGUUCACAUUCACUCGUUACUUAAUCACCACUAAUAAAUCGUAUGUAGUUAAUGUUAGUUUCUUACUAUACUCUUCCUUUAUUUAGGACAACUAGGCAUAUUAGAACUGGUAUGAUCUGUCACCGGACGAGAACAAAUGUUGGAUCUAGUUUUCCAAUUGCCUACAACUUGUUCACCAGUAUGAAACUCUAAGUAAAAACGAGGUGGCGGCGAUUACGGCGGAGGCGGCGGAGGAGGCGUAUCGAAUAGCAUGUUUCAGAGUACUGGUAGAAUAAUCGCGAUUCGGCGGACAGCGGAGGGCAACGCGCUGGAGAUAUCAACAGAAUCCGUCAGAGGUGAGCGAAGCUUCGUCCGCGCACAUCUGUCUGAUUAUGGACUAAUGUUUCGUCAGGAGAAGAGUUCAGAUGAAACACGUAAGUUGUUCAGUAUGAUUUGUAGAAUUUCAAUUUGAUUUUUCGUUUUUUGAGUAACGCGACGUUUUUUUUGAAAGGGCGAGAAAUGGCAUGAUUAUGUGACUCGCCAGGGGAAAAUAGAGAAGCAUCUUCCAUAAGUUACGGUGGUGAAGCGACAGAUCCAUAAGUUACGGUCGUGAAGAGACAGAAACGGAUAUCCUCUAAAGCAGGCAUGUUUUUGACGUUUUCGCAAAGCCACCUGCAGUUGCGCACCAAGUAUCGGGAAAAACAACUAAUACGCGUGCGAUGUCAUUAGCUACAACGUCUGCGAUUCCUUCCUCGACAACCAAUCAUGCCGGUCGUCAUGAUGGAGGCAUUGCGACAACUUCAAACGCAGUGCAACCGGUCCCUGCGAGCAAACUCGACACAGAGCGAGGUGUAGAAUUCUCGAUGAUGAAUGUUUGCACUUUCCUCCCACGCGCACUGGAGAAAGCUCAGGGUGCAAGGCUGUUCAUCUACAGCAAGGGCGUAUUGUCUCUGAAUUGCGUAUGCAAAGCAGACGACUCGGAGGGGAAAAUCUAUUGCGAAGUCAACAUAACCCCAUAUAAUAACGGGGGAGGUGGUGGCGGGUGAAGAGGAGCUAAGUUGUACCUAAAGUGUUUCGCCUAAUUAUGAGGGGAGGAGGCAUCUAGAUUCUAGGGGCAGAAGGUAUCUAAAUGUAAUUUCGUAUACCUCGUCUGUAGAUUCUAGGCUCGAUGCGCACCCAGCUUCAUAAUUUGUAAGUAAACUUCCCUUUUUCUACUAAAACUCACGUCCAAGUGCAUGUUUUAUCCGUUCUCUUGAGUUCUUGAAGAGGCAAUAGAUCAUCGUACAAGCGAGUCGCAAUCCCCUUCCUUUGAAAACGCGUUUGAACGGUGAUAGUUGGGGUUCGUUGUCUAAAUCUCUCGCUUAGGGCUAGUUCGUGUUAAGUUGUAACUUUUCACAACAGACGUAACCGUGCCGCUUCUCCACUCCACUCUUUGCGUGAGAUCCAUCGUGUGCAUCAUCUAUGGCGCCCUUGUGUGCUCGCACUACAAAAAAAAAAAAGCGAGAUAAAUUGUAUUGUAUUGUAUUGUAAUGUUGAGCUUGAGAAUCAU